AUGCUCGCGUUCCCCGCCGCGCUCCACCUCCUCCUCCCGGCGCCGCCGCACCACCACCAUGUCGCCUUCGCGCUCCCGCACCCCGCGCCGCCGCUCCACGCCUCGCUCCCGUGCUCGCGCCGCGCGCGGAGGAGGGCGCCCAGUCCAAGGCAUGGGGUCGCCAGGGCCUCCGCCGCAGUUGCGGAGGAGGCCAGCAGCUCCGGGCCGGCCAAGUUCUCCGUAAGGAUCCCCGUCGGCGACCGCGAGAUAUUGGUGGAAACGGGUCACAUUGGGAGGCAAGCCAGUGCUUCUGUAAUGGUCACCGAUGGCGAAACGAUUCUCUACUGUUCUGUCUGUCUGGCGGAUACUCCAAACGACCCUGCUGACUUUUUCCCUUUAUCGGUUCACUAUCAAGAGCGCCUUUCAGCUGCUGGAAGAACUAGUGGUGGUUUCUUCAAACGAGAAGGCAAGACAAAAGACCAUGAGGUUUUGGUUUGCAGAUUGAUAGACAGGCCCCUACGACCUACUAUGCCUAAGGGUUUCUACUAUGAAACUCAAAUUCUAUCCUGGGUCUUCAGUUAUGAUGGCAUUCACUCCCCGGACUGCUUGGCUAUCACAGCUGCUGGUAUAGCCGUGGCCCUCUCUGAAAUUCCAAAUAAACAAACAAUUGCUGGAGUAAGAAUUGGCCUGAUUAACGACCAGUUUGUUGUUAACCCAACUACUGAACAGAUGGAGAAUUCAGAGUUAGAUUUGAUGAUGGCUGGGACUGAUAGUGCCAUUUUGAUGAUUGAGGGCUACUGUGAUUUUCUGACUGAGGAGAAGCUGCUUGAAGCUGUGGAAGCUGGGCAGGUGGCAAUUAGAGAAAUCUGCAAAGCAAUUGAUGUUCUCGUCCAGAGCUGUGGGAAGAAGAAAAUGGUCGAUGCUAUCAGCCUACCGCCUCCUGAACUCUACAGGCAUGUUGAAGAUAUUUCUGGAGAUGAGUUGCUGAAGGCAUUACAAAUAAAAGGAAAGAUUCCCAGAAGAAAAGCUCUUUCAGCAUUGGAGGACAAAGUUAUAAGUAUACUUUCUGAACAGGGUUAUGUUUCCAAAGAUGGCUCAUCUGGAGUCACUGAAAGUUUGGCUGAUAUUGUUGAGGAUGAGGAUGAGGAUGAAAUUAUAGUUGAUGGAGAAGUAGAUGAAGGUGAUGUUCACAUCAAGCCGGUUUCAAGGAAGCCCCCUCCUCAGGGAGGAAAGCGAAGUGAUGGACGGAGUCCUUGGGAACUUCGGCCCAUUAAUUCUCAAUGUGGUUUACUUCCAAGAGCUCAUGGUAGUGCUCUGUUCACGAGGGGAGAAACACAGUCACUGGCUGUGGUCACUUUAGGUGGCUAUCAGAUGGCACAACGAAUUGACAACCUUGUUGAUACAGAGGAUUCAAAAGCUUCUAUCUUCAGCAUGGCUUCUGUUUGUGGAGGUUGUUUAGCACUUCAAGAUGCUGGGGUUCCUAUAAAGUUUCCUGUUGCUGGAAUUGCAAUGGGCCUGGUCCUUGAUACACAGGAAUUUGGUGGAGAUGGUAGCCCACUUAUACUUUCUGAUAUUACUGGAGCUGAAGAUGCCUCUGGUGACAUGGAUUUGAAGAUUGCUGGUAAUGAAAGUGGCAUAUCUGCAUUUCAGAUGGACAUUAAGGUAGUCGGGAUAACUCUACCUGUGAUGGAGCAAGCGCCCUUCAAGCUAGGGACGGAGACAGCAUAUUCUGAGUAA